AUGCAGGCUUUCUCGAGACAGCUUCGCGUGCCCGGAGCCGCCGCUCUGCGCCACAUCUCCCGCCGCGCCUACAGCUCCAGCUCCUCCCCCUACACAUCCACCAUCGACAACCUGCGCAUCAAUGGCGACACCAAGGUCCUCUUCCAGGGCUUCACCGGAAAGCAGGGAACUUUCCACGCCCAGCAGGCUAUCGAAUACGGUACCAAGGUUGUUGGUGGCACGAACCCCAAGAAGGCUGGCCAGGAGCACCUCGGCCUCCCCGUCUUCGGCAACGUCAGUGAGGCCGUGAAGGAGACCGGCGCCACUGCCACCGCCAUCUUCGUCCCUCCCCCUGUGGCUGCUGCUGGUAUCGAGGAGGCCAUCGCCGCCGAGAUCCCCCUGGUUGUCUGCAUCACCGAGGGUAUUCCCCAGCAUGACAUGGUCCGCAUCACCUCCAUGCUCAAGUCCCAGUCCAAGACCCGUCUCGUCGGCCCCAACUGCCCCGGUAUCAUCGCCCCCGGCCAGUGCAAGAUCGGUAUCAUGCCUGGCUUCAUCCACAAGCGUGGCCGCAUCGGUAUCGUCUCCCGCUCCGGCACCCUCACCUACGAGGCCGUCAACCAGACCACCCAGGAGGGUCUCGGCCAGUCUCUCGUCGUCGGUAUCGGUGGUGACCCCUUCUCGGGCACCAACUUCAUCGACUGCCUCAAUGUCUUCCUCAAGGACGAGGAGACCGACGGUAUCAUCAUGAUUGGUGAGAUUGGUGGAUCCGCCGAGGAGGAUGCCGCCGACUUCCUGCGCGCCAACAAUAUUGGCGGCACCGACGGCAAGGGCAAGCCCGUUGUCAGCUUCAUCGCCGGUAUCAGUGCGCCCCCGGGACGCCGCAUGGGCCACGCUGGUGCCAUCGUCAGCGGAGGCAAGGGUGGUGCCGACAGCAAGAUCUCGGCCCUUGAGGCUGCCGGUGUUGUUGUGGAGCGAAGCCCGGCUGGCUUGGGCCGUGCCAUGCGCGAGCAGUUUGUCAAGCGCGACUUGUUGUAG